ACCUGCUGUAUCUGGGCACCGCUGAGACACGUGAUGCUAUUUUACCCACUGGGUCUCGAUACUGCCAUUGAGCACUCCUCUUCAACGGUCUGGAGUGAUACACCUGGCGCACUUAUCUCCUUCGGUCACACGGAAAUUAAUAGUCUUCCAUUUUCCGGUUGGAUCUUCGGGCUGGGAUCGAGACGGUGUCUGGUGCGGGCUUGGCCUAGAGUUGACGGGUCUUGGUGGGCUCCUGGUGUGCCCUUGGAGAUCACUGGAAGACGUCUUGCGUUUUAUCCGUUCAGCCGCGACUUUGUUCGACUACCACCUGACGCCUUAUUGUCUAGGAUCACUGGGUGUCCAUAGUCUUCCUGCUGGUGUCCUGUGUCGGGUGGGGACCGUCGCUCACCUCACCGGGAGACUCUGCGGCUCACCAAACAUCUGCUUAACUGUGCUUAUUUAAUAAUAAUAAUAAUAAUUUGCCACAAGUUGCAGUAGAUUUCCUGGGGCAGGCGACGAGUACAGAGGCGCGAGGCAUGUGACGUGUGCUGCUCUUAUUAUCAGCAACAGUAGCAGGGACGGCUGUACAUAUUGUCAUAUCAUGUUCAGAACGUUUAAUGGACUGUGGGGGAAAACACAGGAUGCACUGAGUGCCAUAUUAGAGAAGGAUCAAGAACUUCAAGGAACAUUUCAUCAUGAGCAACGGGCUGAGGUGGCUACCAAGAUGCGUCGCGUGUACGUCCAGUAUCUGAGCGCCGCCCGCCAGAUCGACGCCUGCUACGACCUCCUGCUCCACCCACAGAAGCGCCUGCUGCUGCGUCGCUUGCUGGACGCCACCAUCGGCAGAAUCGUUGAGCUGAAGCACGAGCUGGUGGCUCUGGAGCUGAGUGAUGUACAUCACUGUGACGACGUCAUGGUCGAGCUCAACCUCACGCCCCACGACCUCAUCGUCCCCAUCCCCACCUACAUCAGGAGGGAGAGGCUACCUAUCAUCACGGAGAGGAAUAUCUUGAUAGACGACUGUCUGCGUCGUGCUGGGCUGGAGGCUGUGUCUGAGGACGAGGCGUCACCCUUGACGGUGUCCGAAGCUAUACUCCUGCUACAGAAGCAUGAGCGGGCCAAGCAGGGCCGAGCCAAGGCCGAACAUCGUCGCGACCUGCUUGCCAGACAGGAGCGAGAUCGAGGGCGUGGCCGGCAGCAGGUGUCCGUGGAGGUGGCUGUGGUGCGCCUCCAGGCCGUCACCCGCGGCAUGCUAGCAAGGCGCAAAGUGGCUCAGAUGCGCUUACAAGAGGAGCUCUUCUUAGGUCUGCGUCCAGACCCGACAUUGGAUCGCAGCUGGGAUGAGAAGCUCCUGAAGGUCCACGAGGUCAGGUACGCAGUCCAGGAAGAGAGAAAGGACGAGCUCGAUGAUCUUCAGAAGCGCAUACAAACCAAGAUUGUGUAUGAGGAGGGCACCCACCUCCUCACCUCCCUGGAGGACAAGAUACGUGAAUGGAUCUUCCAGAAGAAACAUGAGACAGGCAAGUUCCCAGAUCUGCCGGAGGAGGAGGAAGGCGGGUCCUCAGCCAUCGUGGGAAUGGCGCGCGUCGACGACGACACCGCCAGCGAUGAUGCCAGGUCUCUGGAGAAGAAGAGCGAACGGGAGAGAGCGCGGGAGCAGGCCAAGCAAAAGAAAAAGAAGGAAGUAGAAGAGAAAUCCAUUGUGCUGAAACCCUCUUCCUUCGUCACAGACAUCCAGGGCGCCUGCGACCAGUACCAGGAUGUGUGGGCGGGCAAGGACAUAGAGGCCAACCCGGAGGAGCACCCUGAGAAGGACAUGAUCGAGGCCGAGCAGAGGGCGAGAGUGGAGGUGGAGAUACGACGCCAGGUUGACUACCUCAUGCGACAGGAGAUCCAGAGACUCAAGGAGGACGUAGAAGGUGAAAAGAGAGGAGCCAAGAAGAAAAAGAGAGUGAAAAAAGGUGGGAAGAAAGGAAGAAAACGGAAAGAGAAAGACCUGACGCCUGACAGAACUACAGAGUCACUCUUUGAGGAAAUGGUCCUCAACGGAAUCAUCAAGAAGGUGCCCGAGGUGCGACUUAGUCAGCUGUCCGGGGACAUCAACCUGGUGGGGUGCGAGACGCUGGUCAACACCAGGUAUCCUCAGCCUGCCUUCGGUGAUAUCAAGAAUAUACUCACUGAGUACGUCGUUCUCCCUCUAGGCGUGGCUGGGGUGCACGAGCAGACGCAGCUGGUGAGGAGCGUGCUGGUGUGUGGGCCUCGAGGCUGCGGCAAGACCAGCCUGGUUCACGCCCUCGCUUACGAAGCCGGGGCCACUCUCAUGGACCUCACGGCCACCAACAUCGUCGGCCGCUACCCUGGCAGGGCCGGCCUCAACAUGCUCACACAUCUGGUUAUGAAGGUUGGUCGUCUGCUACAGCCCACACUCGUCAUGAUCGACGCUGCUGACAAAAUGUUCAUGAAGAAGGUGCCGAAGACGGACAAAUCAGACCCCCGGCGGCUGAAGAAGGAGAUGCCGAGGAUGCUGAAGAGUCUGGGCCCUGAGGACAGGAUUGUAUUCAUAGGUAUCACCAACGCUCCUUGGAACUGCGACGCCAAGUCACUGUCGUCCGUGUACCAGAAGAUGGUGUUGGUCCAGCGGCCCAGCUUCAGUGCCCGGGCAAACCUGUGGAGACACUUCAUCACCCAGAAUGGUGUCAGGGUGACGCCUCACAUCGAUAUCAGCGGGCUCGCCAGGAUCAGUGACGGCUACACGUCAGGCCAUAUUUGUAGUGUGGUGAAUCAGGUGGUGACGGACCAGCGACUAGCCAAGCUGAAGAAGACGCCACUCAACUCACUCGAGUUCAUCCUCCCUCUCAGCAAGAUUGAACCCAUCUAUAGGGAGGAGGAGGAAGCAAUGAAGGCGUGGUUCCUGAAGACCCCUAUCAUGAAGAAGAGAGCUAAGUACCUGGAGGAGGAACUGGAGGCCCAGGGACUGAAGGGCAAGGGUGCCAAGAAGCCAGAAGCUAAAAAACCUAAAGGCAAAAAAGGAAAAAAAAAGAAAAAGAAAUAAUUGCCUACUCAAUGGAAGCUGUUAGUAAUAUAAAGUUGAAGUGGUCAACUUUCCUGUUCUGAAAUAUUCUGUAUUUCCCAAGUUAUUACUGAAUUUGUGUACAAACAAGUUGCAGUUGUUGCAAUAAUGUUACUUAUAAAUCAUAGAAUGCUUCAAAAAAUAUGUUCACUGCAUUGUCUUCCACCACCAACAUUGUCAAAGAUAGGAAAGAUAAUGUUCUAGUGCCACAUAUUUGCAUGCAUAUAUUAACAGUGUAUAAUUACUGGCAAGAGCAUUACCAAAGCAGCCAGAGUAGCUUAAAGAUAUAUUUUCAGAUGAUUUUCUACUGCAGAGUUUUUUGUCUUAAAGUAGUGACAGGUUUGUAGAAUCUGAAGAAUGAUUAGGGAGUAUUCACUCAAAAAGAAACCAGUCUUCAGACACAAUGAAGUUGUUAUUGAUUUGGAGUUUGUGAAAGGACAAAAUCUGAAGGAAUCUAGUGUGUAUUGAAAGUAGAGGAUUAUGUAAUUGGCAGUGCUGUGGUUGAGGCCUGACCUGUUAGUCUCUCCUACAACAUACCAGUCUCUCACAGGGUGUCUCAUUCUUGCCUGGGAUGCUUCAACACUACCAAGGAUGUUCCCACUGCCUAGGAUAUCUUGGCACUGCCUGGGAUAUCCCAGCAAUACCUUGGGUGUCCUGUCACUGUCCGGGGUGUUCCAAUCCCACCUGACUAAUGGCUUGUCACUUCUGCCCAGAAUGUCUUAGACCCACCUAGUGUGUAUCAGUCCUUCCCAAAGAGUUUUGACUCUGCCUGGGGUAUCAAUUCUGUACUGGGUGUCCUAGCCCUAACCAAGGUAUCUCGGCACCACUUGGAAAGUCCCAGCAUCCAUACCUUGCCUGGUAAGGACAGGGAAGUAACCCCUCCAUUACUUAAAUGAAUUCCAUUUAAAAGUACAGUAUUCAUUUCUGACUAGUACUGUAUACUACAUAUGUGCUGGAAUCAUCAUUUGCAUAAUAAAAGAGCAGAAUAAUAAUA